UCGGCGCUUCGUCGCUUCGUCCAAAGGACUCGUGCGCGCGCGCGCGCGCGAGUGACCCUGGGCGUGAAAGUGACACUUGCGCGAAGCAUAAAAGCACAAGCCAGGAGUAAACACUUCCUGGAAAUAGCGGUUCCCGACGACUCACGCUCGCCGCGAGGAACGGAACCGGUGCCGGUGCGCGAGAAGGGCAGCGAAGGGAAAGAGAACCGGGGUGUCCCAGGGUGUCCAGGGUGACGGAUCCGCGGCGGUGAAGAAGGCGAGAAAAGGAAGGAAGGAAGGAAGGCGAUGCUGUGUCUCGACUGCGAUCGACUGCGCGGUUAAUUCGCACGUGUCGCGAUAUGUCGGGUGGCACGGCGGGCGGCGGCGGUGUCCGCGGCACCGGCGCCGAGUGCAGGAAGUUCGCGCCGAACAUAUUCAACAAGAGCAAGUGCAGCAGCUGCUUCAAGCAGAAGGAGGAGCACAGCGCCGAGGCUCUGGAAUGCAACAGGGCUACGAGGAAAAUCUCCAAAUGUGGAUAUCUGUUCGUCGCACCUGGCUGGGAUUUUUCGAACCCGUUGAACCGGACAAAGAGAUGGCAGAGAAGGUGGUUCGUUCUCUAUGAUGACGGGGAGCUGACGUAUUCUGUGGACGAACACCCUGAAACGGUGCCUCAGGCGAGGAUCGACAUGACCCGCGUCCUGGAGGUAGCCGCAGCCGAGGACGUCACUGGGCAUCCUUACAGCCUUGCCGUGACCUCACCGGAAGGUGUGACCUUCGUUAAAGGAACGUGUCGUGAAGAGACCAGGUGGUGGACGGACGUUCUCCAAGUGUAUUCGCGAAAUAAGGGUCGCCACAAGCGAAAUGCAACCUUUCCCGGAGGGCAGACGACGAUCCUGCAAGUUACACCGACGAUUCGAAGUAACACGCCAAAUCCACCGCGACCGCGCUUCAAUAGCUGCCGAUCGGAGCCGCGCAGCAGUGCAUGGAUCCCAGAAACCGGUGGAGGAACAUCGGAUCUGUGCUCUUCUGUAUUCUCAUCCACGCCGUCCUUGGUGACGACGAGCGUUGUCACCGCCACCAGUAACAACGUGCUGACCAACGGCAACACGGAGAGCGUCUCCGAGAUCAGGAACAACGGCCUGUCGCCGUUGCGUGCUCUCGAGAAUGGUUCCACCGGAAAUUAUCUGACCACUGUGACGUCAACCACAUCAUCGUUGAAUGGCAACGUCUGCAGCACGAUCUACUCGACAUCCUCGACGCCAGUCUCGACGACGACGACGAACAGCAUUGUUUCGUUGGCCGAUAAGCCGCCGAUGAUUCCCAACGACGGCGCGAGAUCGACGAGCUAUCGAGAUCAACCUGCUAGCAGCGCGUCACCGCCGACCCGGGAUAAACUCCGCGCCGAAGACAAGGCCAGGCGCAGGAUGAAUCAGCAGGGCGAGCGGACCGGCGGCAUCAUCGGCGACACGACCGGCCCAGCCUCUGGCGAGAAACUAGAUGACGACGCGUGCCGAAGGAUACUUUUGGAGCACGAACGAGAAAGAGAGGGAAAGUUACGAGAUAUUGCAGCUUCAUUAACACAGCCACGAAUAAGGAGAAUCAAGCCAAGAACUUCGGAGCCAACUAGAGAUGUCGUGGAUGCGGUUAAUGCUGCUCAUCAGGAUAAACUCAUCAGAGGCGACCCCGAUGGCUGCGGUCUAGAUAUUUCCGGCAUCAGGUAUUCACCCACUUCCGAAUUGAGAGUCGAUCUGCCGGCAGAGGACUUGCUGAAUAUCAAGAAGGGCUGGCUGAUGAAGCAAGGCUUGAAUAAGGAAUGGAACAAACAUUGGUUUGUGUUGAGAGGUUGCGGACUGAUGUACUACAGAGAUCCUUGUGCGGAGGACAAGGGCAUCAUGGAUGGUGUUAUAGACCUCAAUACUGUCACCGCGGUCACGUCGCUUCAGGUCGCACGAAAUUAUGGAUUUCAGACUGUCGCCUGGGACGACAGAGGUAGCACGGUGCUCUCCGCGGUGACAGCCGGCAUUAGGUCCAGUUGGAUGUCGGCCAUCAGAAGAGCAGCCAAUUUACCUGAUCCCGACAGUAACGAUUCUCUUACCGUUUGUACAGAUACUCAGCAAGAGACGAAUCCGCAGUCGCCUACUACAUCCAUUACGGAUCGUGAAAGAGACUCCGUUGUUCCAUCGACAUCCAUCACGCCCAGAUCGGUUCUAUUCUCGUCUGACGAAGAGUAUAGAACCGCUUCCGAGGGUGGUCGAAGAGAAUCCGGCGAUUGGUCGGAGAUGCCGGUAUCACCACCGCUGGUAAGAAACGGUGAUUGGCCUAUGGCGCUAAAAGGUUCCGGCUGGUCGGAUUCAGCAAACCACGAAUGGUCGGAGUUACCACCGUCGCCGCCAUUAACAAGAACCGCACUGUCGAGGGUGAAAGCUCGAUCUAGAUCGAGUUCUAGAUCGAGAGUCUAUAAGAGAAGCCGGAGCUCACCUCCGAGUUCGCGAAGAAGUACCCUGGAUAGUGUAAGAUCGGAAGAUCUAAUGAUGGCUUGCUGCGAACUUGGUGAGGACGAGGAGCAGAACAAUGGCCACUUGCAGAGUAACAGCUGCCUCUCGAGUACUAACGACAGUCCUCUUAUUGUCGAGCUUUUGGAAAAUCAAGUGUCGCUGCUGCGCGAUCAGCUAGAUCAAAAUCAGUCUCAUCCGAGUACGUUACUAGUCAUUAUCGAACGUCAGGAGAAUGAAAUUGAGAACUUGAAGUCGCAGCUGAAUGCAGCACGAACCGACAUUGCAAAUGCGGAGAAGGAAUUAUCUAGACUUCGACAACAGAAAGUAGAGGCGUCUAUCAGGGAGAAACAAGUGGAAGAACUAUUGAAUACGAUACAGAGGACGGAACAGCAGAGAAAUAAAGAUCUAGACGAUUUGGAAAAGAUGAAAAAUGUGUACAACAGGGAGAAAGAAGUCUUAGAAUGUAAAUUACUUGAAACAGAGGCUAUUCUGAGAGAAACGACAGAGAGAUGUGAAAUGCUUACGAACGAACUAACAUCGAGUCACCGAUCUGUCGAACAUCUACAGGCGGAAACAGCAGCUCUUAGCGAUAGAUUGUCUCAAGGUAUCGAGGAAAAUGAACGACUUUAUAAUAGAGUGAGAGAAUUAGAGGAAAAGAAUGGACUUUCUGCUUCGAGGGAACGUGGAAGAAGCUUCGAUUCGCUGAGCGAUUUAACCAAUAUUGAAUUGGAUUUAGAUUUGACUGCAUUGGAUAAGGAAAGAGUUAUGGAGGAAUACGACGAGUUGCGAAGUCGUUUUGAGAAGGCUGUUAUGGAAAUUCGAGCCAUGAGGAAAGAACUGCGAGAAGCUCAUGCUACACAAGAUGUUUUAGAGUUGGAAAUCUUUGCUCAUAAACAGGACGCAGCUAACGUUAGUGAGACAAAUCAAGCACAGGUUCAGUUAAUGGCGGCGAGAAUCCAAGACCUGACUAAUAAGUUAGCAGCCAGCGAAAAACAAAUUAGAACUCUAAAGCAAAAAUUGACAAAAGCUGAGAGCAGAGAUAAGAGAAGAUCACUCUCUCUCAAAGGAAGAGAAUCUUUCCAGAUCUCUCAGGAGGUAGAGGAUAAACUUUUGGAUCUAGAAAACAAGAUCUGCGCUAUAGAGAGAGGCAAGAGCAUUAGUGCUCCUGUUUCGGUUGGCAGUUCGAAGGAAUCGAGUCCUAAUCCGAAAAAAGAAAAGAGAAGAGAAAGUAAAAAUCUGGAUCGGGCUAGAUUGCGAAGAAAAUCCUUAGAUAGCGCGACAAGUUCUGAACCAAUGAAAGUGUUGAUUAGACUAAGUACUCUAGAAACAAAAGUUGCGAGCGUUGCUGAGGCCAUGGUCAGUGACGCAGAAAAAGACUCCAGCGAAUGUAGCGAAAUCAGUGGGUCCUCCGAGGUAUCAUUGGAAGUCCUGGCAAGGCUGAAGAAACUGGAGAGAGUAGUGUCGAAGUCGAAACGACGAUUGGAGAAGUGUCUUGGCUCGACGCAAGCGGAAGAUAAAGCCGAGAAGUGUUUGCGAGAGGUGAAUGAAAUAUUGGACUCGUGCUUAGAAUGUAAGAAAAACCAGGCUAGCGCUCAAAUCACCGAGUCAGUAGGGGUAGUGGUAUCUAGGUUAGAAACUAUACUUAAGGACAAAUUGAGCGAACUCACGAAGAGACGGCAGUUGCUGGCGCAGGAAGGACGGCUGGACGAGAGGGAGAAAAUGAGACUCGUCGCCGAGCGAAUAGCUUUCGAGUCCGUGAUCCUGCGACAGAUAAAGUGCGCGUUAAAUCGCACGACAGACAGAAGCGCCGUUUUGAGUGAAUUGGUCGAAACUAGUCAGCUUGCCUCAAGCUUAAAGCGUAAGAUUCACGGAACUAAGCCCAAAACGUACCAAAAAACGAGUUACAUUCAGUAUCUCACUAAAGUGUUAGCGAAUAAGUUAGUACUGAUAGGACCCUCUUCCGUGUCGACGGAAACGCCGAAGGAGAUUAACGCCGCUCGCAGCGAAAGUCUAAACUUUCUGCUGCAGAAGCAGCGGGAAAUCAACGAGAUCAUGCGGAAGUACAAGGACGCGAAGUUGCGACAGCUCGCGGAAUCUCUGGCAGCCGAGACGUUGAGUCUGUCCGAGCAGGAAGAUCUCGCGGGCAAGCAGAUCAGCGGCUCGAACAAGAAACUACUCGAAGAUAGACGUAUUCGCGAGGCAUGGGCUUUAGCACAGGAGACCGUGAGCAAGGAACUCGUGCAGGCCGAAGUGUCUCACGUUAUCAUGCGUUAUGGACAAUUAUACGAACAAAACGUCACUUCGAUCACGGACAUUUGCCUCAGUUUCGAUAACGCAGACAGUAUUAAGCUAGAAUCGUGGGUGGACGCGGCACAAGCGCGAUUGCGUCAAGAAAUGGAGGUUUCCAUACACGAGCUGUCAGAAGCUUACGAGGACUGUCUGCGUACGAUGAAGAAGAACAAGUUGAUGACUCUCGACUCCAAACAUGAAUCCCGUCAGCUGCUCACAGACUACGCCGACGUAAUUGCGCACAAAGCUUUAAUAGAUUCCAGAAUCGCCCUCCUUCAGGAAACCACACGGCAAUCAUCUACAGCAUUGUCUGGCGAAACUUUCGUAUCUAGUCUUAUUCGAAAUGAAGAGAUCCUUUCCUGUCUAGCAAACGACGAGGGAUACGAUCUUCAAAGCAAUCCGAUUCUCGACGCGGAGUAUAGUUACCUUUAUCAGCGAUUGAUUAAGGAAUGCGAGGACAGAAUAUCUGGAAGGAGAGAGUCGAAAGAGCAGCUUAAGAACGUCAGUCAGUCGUUGUUUCACUUGGAAGAGAAUCUAGCUGAACUCAGCAAAUGUAUAAGAGACAAAACGGGCAUGAAAAUCGACAAUAUAAUUUGGCCUAAGUCGGCGAACAGCGUCACGGAUUGGUCCAGUGUAUGCGAAAAGUGCUUACAUUUACGAGAACAGAUAAGGAAGCUCAGCGAUUACAUGAAUAACAUAUCGUGCCAGACAUGCAAUCAAUUACAAGAAACUAUUCAGAAAAUAACUAACGAACACAAUCAAGAAUUAGAAACGCUCAAGCGCAAUCAGGAGAGAGAUUUAAUGGAUAUCAAGGGCGAAUUGGAUAGCCAGCGGCAAUCUUUGACAACCCAAUACGAGCAGGAGGCGGCCAGCUUACGUGAGAGAGCUAGGAAACUGGAACACCGUCUCAACGCGAUGGAUUCCGAGCAUUCGGCUCAUGUGAACGAGUUGAGAGCUGCUUAUCAGAGAUCGAUAAGCGCCGAAUUGGACACCGAUGCCGAAACGCGAAAACGGUACAAGGAGGAGAUCAAGCAGCUACGUGCAUUAUGCGAAAAGGGUUUGUUGGCUAUGGAGAACUCGCACAGGCGUAUCAUUGCCGAGAUGGAAGAGAAACAUCGACAGGAAUUGGAGAACCUCAGGAUGGAAAAGGAACAGGCGCUCUCCGAAGAGACGCAGGCGACUCUGGCUGCGCUGGAUGCCAUGAGAAAAGCACAUGAACACGAAGUGCAAAAGGAAAUUGCCAAAUUCAAGCAGGAGUUUAUCAAACAGAUGCAGGCGCGUGAGGACAUCGGCGUGCUACACAAAGAACACGAGGAAGAAAUGGAGGAGAUAAAGCAAGAGAUUCUUUCUCUGUCCGCAAAAUAUUCGUCCAAGUGCGUGGAGUCAGCCGCGUUGGAGGAGAAAGUGGGCAAUCUGUCCAAGCAACUCGCCCAGGCGCAACAGCACAUCAUGCAAUUGGAUGCGAGGAACAAGCAAUUGCGAGCGCAUCUGGUAUUGGAGACGAAUGACAGCGGUAUCAACGAUACUAUACAGAUUCUAAGAGGUAGGGACAACGAGCUCGCCGAACCGAGGGAAGAAAUACAUCGACUGCAACAAUUCAAGCAUGGGGACACCCUUCGUGAAUCGUCCGGCGUGCCGUCGAAAGCCGCCCUGUCGCUAGACUACUCGCCCGCCUAUUCGCCACAACGCCUCAGAGGUAGUCAGGGUGGCAGCGAGCAGAAAUUAACGAGUGAACGGAGUACGAAAGGAGCGAGCUCCUUAUCCAGCGCGUUGCAAAAACAGUCUCUGUCGGCGGAUCGACCUCAGAGCGCGUUCUCCUACAGACUCGAGCGCGUAAAGUCCGUGUCGUUGCCGUACUCGAAUAAUCUGACUAGGCCGGCGAGUAGUACCGGCGUUUCCGGCUCGCACGUUGAUGGAAAAGAACAGCCGGCGAGUUUAGGGCAAAAGAAGCGUAAUGGCAACCUGGGCUCGUCAUUGUGGGACAGCUUGAGACCGAGGAGCGGCCUGCCUCAUCAGUAUCAAGGUGGCACAACAACAGAGAUGCGAGUCGGCGGCGGCACUGGCGCCCAGCGGUGGCAGGAGACCAAGCAGAAUGAAAAACAGCAGCUCUCGCAGACAUACACCCUCCGUGCCAACGCUCGUCACACAUCCCGCUUCACCCCGGAACCCUCAACUCUCUCCGUUGCAGAGUUGAUGAGGUCUCCAGCAGUGAGAUGGUCCAGCAGAAGUUGUCGCAGCUUACCUCCGACACCCACACCGAGUUACCAUCAUCCACUUCACCCUCCUCUGCCUGCUGUAGGCAUGGUCGCCGAGAGGAAGAAACGUUUUGAGCUCUAAACUUCCGUUCUUUUUUUUUAUUUCACUGAUUAAUAAUUAGAUAGUACGUGUGCGUUCACAGAAAUGGUCGAAGCGAUUACAUUUGGUGUAUUUAAAAUUAUUUGACAAACAAAAUUUAUGGUAGUCCGGAUAAUAAAACAUUGGACAUCAUUUAUGAUAUCGAAAUAAAAGAAGAAAUAUCGUUCUGAUUUUUCUUCUUUCGGAAAUCAUAAGACCGAAAAUAUUUUGAUAUACAUACAAUGGAAUCGUAAAAAUAAUUUUAAAACACUCGAUGAGACACGGACCAUUCGGAUAAUAUCUGCGAUUCGUGUGAAUACGAAUUACAAUUUCACCACUGCCGUACGAGAAUCGCGUGAAGCUAGGAUGAUUUUUGAUGGACCAAAGUCGAUACACCGAUCGCGAUCGUCGUGAAUAUUGAACAUGUUUAUUAAGUAAACAUGAUUCAAUAGCCGAAACGGGUCCCGAUUAUUAGAAGAGGACGGAUUGCGCAAUCCAUUCUUCUUCCACGAUGUGAAAAUUCGUAAUGUCAAGAAUUCAUCGCGGGCCUAUCAAUUGUGAUAGGUCGUUUUUGACAGAAUUUUUCCCAAGAAAUUUUUCUAAGCGUAUUUACUCACGUCACGUCACUUUUACGGGCGGCCGUUCUUUGAUAUUGCAUUUAGACUUUGAUAAGGGAAUUUUUUAUCGCUAGCUGCGAGUAGGCUUUUUGCUACAAUUGACUUUCCGCGAAUGUAGCGAUUUUGGAAUACAUAUUUCGGUUUCGGGGCAUUAAUUAUCACAAAACGCAAAACGUGCAAAAUUAUUCACGAUAUUUUGUUUAAUAGUGCUAAAAACGAAUGUGUAUUAAGAAAACGCGUAUUACGAAUCAUGUAUACAAACGUCGUGAGAGAGGCAGCCUAUUAUAAUGUAGUAUAGAACUGUGUUUCGAUGUAAAAAUAUAUAGGACCAAGGAUAAAUAUUUAUUAGGUUUCCGUAAUCUUUUAGAAAUUUACGUCGGCUGAGCGUAUUCGAUGAAUAAAAUUAUGCUUUGAUUUCUCGUGUUAAACAAAUCCUAUGGUUAUUGUCAAAGGAAAUAAUAUUUUUAAGCGUUGAAAUACGAAUAAUUAAAUGUUUAACAUCAUUAGAUUUUCGUGAUUCUGAAGGAUUUGUAUUUGUUGAGUAUAUUUGUCAAGUUAAACGAAAGAUUCCAUUUUACGCUGGUUAAA